CAGCCGCCCACCACACUGAGCUCUUAUCAGCUGCACUUUGCCACCUUCUAUUAGUCAUUAAUGAGAAUAAUAUAAAUAUGAUCCAGCUGUGGUAAGAGCUAGACUCUGCUUCUGUUCCCCUGGAAGUAAGUCUGAGGUUCACAUCGGCUGCCCUGAACUGUUGGAACUCUACACGGAAAAAUGGCAAAACUCCUUGCAGCUCUGAGCGUUCUGCUCGUUCUGCAUGUCGCUUCAUCCAGUAAACUGGUGUGCCACAUGACCAACUGGGCCCAGUACAGACCCAGCGUUGCCAAAUUUACCCCAGACAACAUCGACCCGUUCCUGUGCACCCACGUCAUCUACUCUCUGGCUUCCAUCAACAGCUUCAACCAGAUUGUCCCCAUAGAGUGGAACGAUCCAGAAAUGUACAACAGCCUCAACAGCCUCAAAACUAUCAAUCCAUCUCUGAAGACUCUGCUCUCUGUUGGAGGCAAUGUGAAUGGAGUGAGCGCAUUCAUUGCUAUGGUUGCAAGACCUGAGAAUCGUGCAGCAUUUAUCAAGUCUGCCAUCAGCUACCUGCGCACCAAUAAGUUUGAUGGGCUGAACCUGGCCUGGGAAUAUCCUGGACACAAUGGCAGCCCACAGCAGGACAAGGAGAGGUUCACUCUGCUGGCCAUGGAACUGUCCAAAGCCUUUGUGGACGAAGUCAAAGGCAGCGGGAAACCACAGCUGCUGCUGUCAUUCAAUGCUGCUGGCAUCAUCUCAACCAUUGACAGAGCUUAUGAGGUCAACAAGCUUGCACCUCACUUUGACUUCAUCAACAUCAUGACUUAUGACUUCCAUGGACACUGGGAGGGAGUUACCGGACACAACAGCCCUCUGUACCGCAGCUCUUUGGACACUGGCACUCACUUUCAUUACAACAUAAACUCGUCUAUUUCCUACUGGAUAUCUCUAGGUGCACCAGCCGAGAAACUGCUGCUAGGUUUCCCCACCUAUGGAAGAACCUACUAUCUGAUCACUGGAGCUAAUGGCCUGGGAGCACCCUCCAACGGCCCUGCUGAAGCUGGACCAUACACUCGCACUGCAGGUUUCUGGGCAUACUAUGAGAUCUGUGACUUCACCAACAGCGCAACUGUUUCCUGGAUCUCUGAGCAGGAAGUUCCUUAUGCCACCUAUGGCAGUGCUUGGGUCGGCUAUGAUGACAUGCGCAGCUACUCUUCCAAGGUCCAGUGGAUGACCACCAAUGGCCUGGGAGGAGCUCAUGUGUGGACUAUGGACAUGGAUGACUUUAGUGGGUCUCUCUGCUCACAAGGAGAUUAUCCUCUCAUCAACCAUCUCAGGGCAUCAAUGGGUUUCCCUCCAAAACCGACCACUACUCCACGUCCCACCACCACCAGAGAUCCCAUCUCCAGCUUUUGCAAUGGCCGCCCUGAUGGUCUGUAUGAGAACCCGGCUGAUAAGACCACCUACUUCCAAUGUUUCCAGGGAAACACCUACCUGCACCGCUGCCAGCCCGGCCUCAUCUACUGGGAUUCCUGCAAGUGCUGCAACUGGCCCUGAUCUGAAGAACCAUCAAACCUAGCCAGUCUGAUAACAUACAUAAGCACUGGCUAUGUAUCAGUAAAAUGUUUUCAUAUUGUUUGUUCACACUGAUUCAACUCAUUAUGAAAAGAACAGUAAAUAAACCAAUAUAAAAAAAUGGUUGUUAGUGGAAAAGUUUCUCUCACUUUUACAACUGUAUUUUGAAAGGUUGAGGUCUAAAAGACGGUUCCACCAGUUAUUUUAUCAUUUUUAUUUACUCCACCACAAAAUUUCAUUCAAAUGGAUGUAUGUCGGUAAACUGUAGGUACAACUCGUUGUGAAUAAAAUAUGAGCUCUGGAGUUUAACUACUCA